CGGCGGGGAGCGGCCGCCUUUGUGCAGCCCGGACCCGCUCUCCGUCCUCCUGCAGGCAGAAGAGGAGCUAGCGAGGAGAUUAGAAAAAGCCCACCAAGCUCGAGUUAAUGUUUGAGAAGUUCGGGUGCGGGAGAGUCUGGAAUUUUGGCUUCUUGGAGAAACAGUAGAAAAUGCAAAACGAAAUAAUAAAGCCUGCUAAGUACUUCUCAGAAGUGGAGAAGAGUGUGCUGCUUGCAUUAGUUGAAAAAUACAAAUACGUGCUGGAAUGUAAAAAAAGCGAUGCAAGAACUAUUGCUCUGAAACAACGCACCUGGCAAGCCCUGGCUCAUGAAUAUAACUCACAGCCCAGUGUAUCACUGCGAGACUUCAAACAGUUAAAGAAAUGCUGGGAAAAUAUCAAGGCACGGACAAAAAAGAUAAUGGCACAUGAGAGGCGGGAGAAGGUAAAAAGAAGUAUUAGUCCACUUAUAAAUACUCACAUCGUAGGGAAGGAGAAGAUUGGAAGCAUAAUGCCUGAGCAAAUGUACUUUUUGCAGAGCCCACCAGAAGAAGACUCUGAAUAUCAGCCUGAUGCUUCUAGUCAAGAGUCAUUUGUUGUGUCCAACAGAGAACUUUGUGAUGAAGACAAAGAGCUGGUACACUUUCCAGUGUGUGAAGGCACCUCCCAGCCUGAGCCUUCGUGUUCUGAUGUCAGAAUAGCAGCAGAUAAGAACUACAGAAGUAAAGCAUCUCAGGAAAGUGCUCUGAAAAAGAUGCAUGAGGAAGAACAUCAUCAGCAAAUGUCGAUUUUGCAACUGCAGUUAAUCCAAAUGAAUGAAGUUCAUGUGGCAAAGAUUCAGCAAAUAGAAAGAGAGUGUGAGAUGGCUGAAGAAGAACACAGGAUAAAAAUGGAAGUGCUAAAUAAAAAGAAAAUGUAUUGGGAGAGAAAACUGCAGACCAUUACAAAAGAAUGGCCUGUAUCAUCCUAUAACAGACCCUUUCCUAAUUCACCUUAGAACAUAGAAGGGCAGAGAGUCAGUCUGAUUUAGCACAUUUAUGAGUAACACGCACUGGAAAGAGGGUUUCCUACUGUGAAUGUACAGUGACAGGAUAGGUGCCUGGCUGAUAGUGAACACACUAUGACUCUUAAUGUUUAGGGAAACAGUGGUAUAGUUCACCAAGAGGAGAACUAUUGUUUAUUUGUAGGUAGUUCUGAUUUGUGUAACUCACACACAUGCACAGUGUUCUAAAAUGUGAACAUAUUUUUUCCUCUCAGAACACCCUUGAUCCUUGUGAAGUUUAAGGUACUCUGGGUAUUCUUACAUUGGGAGUUCUUAAGAAAACUUAACAGCUUUAAACAUCAGGCUGUAGUGUUUGUAUGAUUUCUAUCUCUUCCUAUCUGCCAUUUCCCACAUGAAGGCAAGGGUUGGAGUUGCUCUCUGCUGUUGAGACAAAAGGUGAUGGACAGCUAUUAGUUGGAACAUUAUGCUGAAGCUUAGGGAAAAUAAGAUGGUUAAUACAGUCCAUAACUUAUUUUUCAUAGAAGAUGUGAAAAUGAAGGAUGUAGCAAGAGGGCCACUGUAGUAACAGCCCUCUCCUGAAGAACAGUAAUGGCUGGCUGACUGAGAGGAUGGUUGUGGAAUGGCCCUCCAGUUGUUCGAGCCUUGACACUUGUGAAGUCAAAAAGAAGGUGACAUCUUCCUCAAAAACCAUUGUGCUUUUUCUUUUAUUUCUAGGCCCAUCUUGUAUUGAAGUAGAAUACCCCAACAGGAGGCUCAAAUGCUGCUUCCAGCACUGUGUGCUGUUCUCCUGAAGUCAUUCUGAGGGGAAGAGCUUUUUAAGAAUUCACAAAGCUCUCAAAAUGCAGUGAGCCAGCCAGUCCAUUGGCAAAGUCUCCCUCUAUUUUCCUAUGCAAUACUUGAUGGUGUAGCAGCUAGCUUGAUUAUUUCUCCUUAGCUAGAGGAAAAGACUAAGACUCACCCUCUUUUCCUUCUCGUAGGGUGGAAAGCAGUUCAAGGGAAUCAUUCCUGUCUUGAAGCACUGUUCUGUUUUGUUUUGUUCUGUCCUGUGUGUUAUGGUGGUGUGUUUCUUGCCUUUGCUGUCAGUGAGGGGUGAUGGACAUGAUUUGUAUGAAGGCAUUCACAUGAAAGUCCCCACAGAUUUUGGAUGUCCAGAAUGAUAGAUAGUAGGAAAGCACAAAUGAAAAUAAUCUUUACUCUGGCAAUCAUUUAUUCUAGUGGGGCAAGAGUUAAGAAAAUGUGAAACGCAGAACCCCACAAGGAUUCAUAAGAACUUCUGGUGUUUGAAAACCUGUUUUACAGGAAGGUGUACAACCAUCAUUUGAAGCAGUGAGAAAAAUGAACAAAACCAUAAAUUUUCAUUGAAAAAUCUGAGUAUCACAUUAUUCAAUAAAGUAUUUUCAGAUCAUGACUCCUGAGGGCAAGUCCAUACUGUGAGCAUGUGUUCAAAGUGGAGUAUAUUACAAGGCAUACAUUCCCAGCUACACUCCUAUCUCUUUCCCUGGAUAUCCUUUCUGGUGGAGUGAGUUCCUUUUGGUUUUGUUUUGGAUUGAGUAGGGUUCUGUGUGUGUGUGUGUGUGUGUGUGUGUGUGUGUAUGGUUUUUUUGACCUGCUUUCACUGCUGGUGAUUCAUCUUUGUUAGCACUGCCAUUAUCAACCACAGGACUCGCUGUGGUUAACAGUGUGGUACCUGUGCUACUUCCUUAAAUGUGCUAAAACCAGCAAUCACAAUGGGAGCUGUUUAUAACAACUCAUUUCAUAUGACAGAGAAAAAAAAUAUGCUGGGCUGCUGCAAGAUUAAAAAAUAGGGCCUGGGUGAAAUCUGAAGACAGAUCUUUUUGACCACAAACUCAAUAUUCUUAUAAAUUGGCUGUGUGAAGAAAGUGCGGGAAUUCCAAAGAAGGAUGUUGCUAUGGGCACUUCUAUUUUUCUGCUGAAUGAAAACACUUUGGAAGGUAUAAUAACAGUAGAGGCAAAAGAAAAGUAAACAGAAGUAAGGACCUUGUUCUGAGAUUGCAUUCUGUGGUCUGGAAGAUGAGUCAGUUUGACUGGUUGUGACAAUUGUUCAGGCACCAUCCAGAAAAAAAGGAUAGGGAAGACAUUUGUCUUAACCAAUUAAUAUACUUGUCUUCACCUUCUGCGCUCAUUCUAAGUGAAAGUAAAUUAAAACCAGGUGUUAGAAGGUAAUGAAUGGAGACAAUUUCAUCCCUGUGAAGAGGGCAAGAAUAGAGACAAUCCAGGUCUAGAUAGCCCUGUGAAAAUGAUGAAAUAGAGAGGAUCUCACAACAUGUGAGACAAGGGUAGCUUGAACUCCUGGAAGUUAUAUAAUUGGUCGUGAAAGAUUGUUUUAUUUUUAUAUUUAAAAAUCCUUUAAAAUAAGCAUGUUUUCGAACUGUGCUAAGUGGAUAAUGCCUUGCUUCUUGGUAUAUUUUCUUAUUCUGACACCAAAAGUUAUAGUUCUUAGGCCAAACAAUAGACCCUUUUAAUUCAGGUUCUAUUUACAAGAAAGCAGAUCAUAAGAGAAAUAUUAGAAAGAGCCAAGAUAAAGGUAUGAAAGAAGUAAUGAUCAUUACAUGCAUAGGGGAAGAAUGGGAAUGUUACACCUAACAUAAAUUAUACAAGAUGGUUUUGUGGUACGGACAAUAGAUCGUGCACAGGUGACACAGGCUCUUGCUCUCCCAUUUGUAGUUGAGUGUUGGUUGAUGUAAAAUUGGGUGACAAACAUAGAAAAAGGUAAAAGAUCAACAGGAGGAAGUAAUGUAUCUCCUUGCCAUACUUUGGCUUUAUAAAGUGAUCAAUGUGAUGGAAUUGAAAUUGCUUGAGAAAUUACUUUUGCCUUUACUGUUGUUGCAAUUGCUCCCUCUGGUAGUAGAGUUUAUCUUUACUUGUGUUUGACAUUUCUUAUAUGUAAUACAGCCAUCUCAGACAGUAUGUCCAUUUGUUUCUCUCUCCUUUUUUCUAGCUUACAGCAUUCAAAUACUUUCACAUAAUUGUGUUUUCCUGUUAACCAUUUGGCCAAGGAAUAGAUGCAUAUUCUCCAGGUUUUUCCACAGAUAGAAUACAGCAGUAUUUUAAGAAGAAUAUGCCUGUUCUUUUUUGGAUUUGCUAUAAAACUUUUUGUCAGGAAUGAACUUAAAAGAUGCACAGGACAAAAUGAUCCCUUCUUAACUCCAUACAAAAGCAUGUGUACCACAUACAUGGUGGCCAUUGUUCUCAGCCUCUGUAUUCUUAUGAAGGAAAACAAGGGCCUUCUAGACAAGGUGUGAUAAAUUCCUUUAUGGUCCCCAAAUUAAUAUGAACCUAGCUCCAGGUGCUGUCUUUCCUUGAAGGUAAUCUAAUUUCUUGCCUAGUAUAAAUUUUUCAUGUAUUGAUUUUUUUUUUCCUCCUGCAUUUUUUCCUUAUGUUUCUGUUCACUGUUAGUUUUUUAACCAGCAAUAUGAGCAGGGGGUUUAAUUCAGAUACAUGUGUUUUCCUUUUUCCUUUCUCUUGCCCAGACUGCCUGUAUCACAGCAUUUAAACAUGAAUGGGUUCUCACCUUCCCUUUCCACAGAAAGCAUGGUUAGUUACCCUUUCCACACAGCUGCCAGUACAUUCUGGAUUCUGCACGCAGGCUAGGACACAUAUUUGAGGAUUUUGAGGAGAGGUUAGGACUAAGAAAUGAAGAGGAGUACUUCCUCCAUUCCAGCUCCGUGUAAUUUGGGAGGACAGUCUGUGACAUGAUGUCCUUCUUCAGGACCAGAGCUAAUGCAGAUGCUGAAGCUGUGUAGUUGGUUUUCAUUCUUCCUAAAUCCUUGGGGUUCUGCAGAAGUUAGGUUUGAGGUUUCCUGGUUAAAAUCUUCCUUCUUCCUUGGUAGUUGAGGAGUCUCAGUGGAAGCCUUUCACAGCUUCCUCAAAUGAAAUUUCUUACCUUGACAAACAACCUAUCCUGACAUCUAUUCUACUUCUUUCAAUGCCCAGGCUGCUUUAUCAC